AUGGUAGUCUGCGCCAAAUACAAAACCAAGGGACUCGUUUGUGGGGCGGAAUUUCCUACUAAAGAGGAACUUGACCAACAUGAUAUCAACCAACAUCAAUAUGUGUAUUGUCAGUUUAAAUACUGCAAAUUUAUGUUAAGAGGACGCACCACAAAGACACGCCAAAGGAUGGACAGGCAUGAGCGCAAUCAUGCGGAGAAGAGGAAACACUUUCCAAAUGGACAUAAAGAUAUCCAAUCACCUUUAGUUACUCUAAAACAACUGCCAAAACCAUUGAUGGCUAUAACCGUUCCACCCCAAAUCUCUGCCUCCACAACAUCAGUGUCCAAGAAUUUCACCUCUGUGUCCCCUUGGACAAAGAGCACUCUGCCCAUUACUUGUCCUGAUAAGAUCUUGGACUCUGAUCAAGAAACAGAGAUUUAUGAACAUGACCAGAUGAGUUUAGGUGAACUCCGGGGAAGGAUUACGGCCAUCAGAGCCAAAAGUUCAACAACGUACAAGCGGAAAUUGAGGGAGAUAUCAUCGUCUGACUCAGACACUGGCUCUGACUCUGAUACUGAGAAGAAAGGGGAGCAGGUGGAGUCACCCAACGCUUCACCUGUGCGAUCCCCUAGCUCAGACACAGAAUCAUGUAAAUUGGACAAUGAAUCGUCAACACCUGCCACAGAACAGCCAUCGGGAGUACUCUCAGUAACUGAAAGUGUCCAGGACCAUAUGCCACCAUCAUCUCCAGAAGUAUUCAGACCUGAAUCUCCAAAUAUGGACAUUAUAAUACAAUCUAAACCACUGGAUUUGUCUAUGAAACGACCAACACCACAGAAGAAAACCAAAGUCAGUUAUAAACAACCGUGUCAUUGUGGAAAAUCUAUUCAAUACAUAACUAUUAACAUUGGCAAGUAACUGUAUUGUGUAUUUGAGCCCCUGCUUCUUCCAAGAAUACCAUAGGGGCCAUGUGUUUUAUUUAUUGACAUUUCUGAACCAUCUAGAAAACAGUCCAAUUUAUAUAUUCAAGUGUUAAACGCAGAUGUCAGACGGGAGCAGCUGGACACAGCGAUGUCCCCAACUAUAGUGUUAAUAAAUCAGCACUUUUGCUGAUGGACAUUUUUUAUAUACGGCAUUUUACGAUAAGUUUGUGCUCAUUUUAUAAUCAUCAUUCCUGUUCGAGGGCGAACAUUUUUUCAAAAGGGGGGAUAGUGUGACGACCGUCUAGCAAUAGUUCUAGAUAGUGUCAUUUUGUUCUUAGUACGCUAGACGGUGUCACAUUGUCUUACCUUGCUUCCGCCAUAAGUGGUGACUGAGUAGAUUUCUGUAAAGGUGGUGAAAUUUAACUUUAUUUGGAGAUUUUACUGCUCCCCGAAAUUAUUUUUGUGUUUAUGUGAGCUUCCGGGGUCACAGCCUCGUUUUGGAUUACGAUUCAUUUUAUUUAAUUACAUCAUAUUUUACCACUUUUGCAUAGUUUUUUCGAUGUAAAUGCAACAUGAUAUGAUCAAUAUUGAUUUAAAGAUCAAUAUGGUAAGUUUUUAUUCAAGUAAUGUUACGUACUUUUGCAGUAAAUCGGCAAUUUCAAAGUCACGUGAUAUUUUCAGCCAAUCAGAGGCCUUCUCUCUCACAUUCAAUUCACAUCUUCGUCAAUAUUCGUAAACAACAAAGGACAGAUAGGUAUGCUCUAAAUAUUUGGUUGAUUUGUAUGCUUCCCAAUUACUUUCCCGGUGUAAGAUAUAGUUUUACUUAAUUGUCGAACUAACACCAGACCCAGGGAUCGUAGGCAUUCAGCCAAUUACACUUUUUGAAGUGAGAUAUCAGUUUUUGGAAACGGCCGAUUCACACUUGUUGAAUUUUGGGCGGCCAUUUUUUGCAUCUCAUGCAGAUUCCAAAUUUUGAUGCCUUAAUUCAUCUCAGUGUCGAGAGUUGCAUUGGUAUUUUGCUUAUUUAAUUGAUCUUGAGUAUUUCAUUUAACUUUUGAGAAAGUAAGGCCGACUGAUUUUCAUUUUUGAAGUUACUUUUUCGAAGCUGUAUCUUUGUCAUUUUUCAUAGAAUUCUCAUUGACUUGAGCACAUGAUUUCAUAAACUCACAAUUUUUGAUAGUUUUAUAUAUUUGAGUAAUAUUUGAGCUU